CUCUAUCUUCGCCGACAUCACAAACUCACAAUUCACAAACAUAAUCUGUCUCGCUCGCGCACUCCUCCCGCACACAGAAAUUUGUCUCGCUCUCGUCUCUCGCACACAGCACACAACACUCUUCUCUGUAUCAAUCGCCGAUAAUCACGUUCGCACCAGCAAUCGGCGACACCUUCAAUCGCCGAUAAUCGGUUCGAUAACAUAUAAAUAUACAAGCGCAGUAUGCAUACCUGCUCUGGAGCUAUCAUGGGUUCCCUUCAACAGCCUGUAUGGAUUAAGGAAUCAACAUUCCUCCCAAAAAGACCUGGUUUCACUAAGUUUCCACAUCAGCUGAAUCUUGGAUCACUCAAUCCGUGUAAAUCAUCUAAAAUUGAAGCUAGCUUGGUUACUGGAAAGCCAUCCACUACUUCUGUUCCAAUCACAGUUGUUGAAGGAGGUGAUGGAAAUGGGUUUGUUGACCAUGAACUGAGUAAUGUUGAUCCUGAAGUUAGUGCAAUAAUAUACAAUGAAAAGCAACGUCAGUUUAGAAGCUUGGAGCUUAUUGCAUCAGAAAACUUCACAUCCAGAGCUGUUAUGGAAGCAGUUGGCUCUUGCCUUACAAACAAAUAUUCUGAAGGACUUCCUGGAAAAAGAUACUAUGGUGGAAACGAGCACAUUGAUGAACUAGAAAGUCUUUGCCAAAAGAGGGCAUUAGCAGCAUUUCACUUGGAUGAAGAAAAAUGGGGUGUAAAUGUUCAACCAUUAUCUGGUUCCCCUGCUAAUUUUGAGGUCUAUACAGCCAUUCUGAAGCCUCAUGAUCGUAUAAUGGGGCUGGACUUGCCUCAUGGAGGACACUUGUCUCAUGGAUUCAUGACACCAAAAAGACGGGUUUCAGGAACAUCCAUAUAUUUUGAAUCUAUGCCUUAUCGUCUUGAUGAAUCUACAGGCCUGGUUGAUUAUGAGAUGCUUGAGAAAACUGCUACCUUAUUUAGACCAAAACUUAUAAUUGCUGGUGCUAGUGCUUAUCCCAGAGAUUUUGACUAUCCUCGUAUGAGAAAGAUUGCAGAUGGUGUUGGUGCUUUUCUGAUGAUGGAUAUGGCUCAUAUUAGUGGACUUGUUGCUGCUUCUGUGGUUGGGAAUCCUUUUGAUUAUUGUGAUAUUGUCACUACCACAACACACAAGUCUCUGAGAGGGCCUAGAGGCGGCAUGAUAUUCUUCAAGAAAGAUCCUGUUUUAGGCAUUGAAUUAGAAUCCGCCAUCAAUAAUGCUGUUUUCCCAGGUUUGCAGGGUGGUCCACAUAACCAUACAAUAGGAGGACUUGCAGUUUGCCUGAAGCAUGCUCAGUCUCCAGAGUUCAAGGCCUACCAGAACCAGGUUGUUUCUAAUUGUCGAGCUCUUGCUAAAAGAUUGAUGGAGUUGGGGUACACAUUGGUUUCUGGUGGAAGUGAUAACCACUUGGUUCUUGUGGAUCUCAGGCCAUUAGGUCUUGAUGGUGCUAGGGUAGAGAAAGUUCUAGACAUGGCUUCCAUCACCUUAAACAAGAACUCCGUACCUGGUGACAAAAGCGCACUGGUGCCAGGUGGCAUACGGAUUGGGUCGCCAGCUAUGACAACACGUGGGUUCACGGAAAAGGAAUUUGUUAAUAUUGCUGAGUUUAUUCACGAAGGGGUGCAACUCACACGUGAGAUUAAACAGGCUGUGACUAGUGGGUCAAAGGUACAAGAUUUUAUCAAGUAUGUAGCUUCUUCAGAUUUUGGUUUCACGGGUCAAGUUUCGGAUCUGAGAAAGAGAGUUGAGGCACUCACAACUCAAUUCCCGAUCCCCGGUUUGUAAAAUUGUCUUGUUUUAGGAAAAAUGUGAUAAAUUGGGUGAAGUAGGAUGUGUUGGUUUUUUAAGAAUGUUGAGAUGUUUUUGAUCAAAAGAUUUUGUAACUUGAAAAGAUCAUGUAAGUUGUAACCUGAGGGAGGGAGGCUCAUGUUGUGGGUAUUGUUUGAUCCUAAGUAGACCUGGUAAGUGUAUCAUGUCAUGACAGGUUGAAAAAAUUUGACACUAACCUUACAGGUUUAAUUUAA